UUUCUUUUUCUCUCUCAGUCUCUCUUCCUCCAUGAAAAGUUCAUAGGGAAAAGUAAUGAUGAUGAUGGAGGUAAGAUGAGAAAGAGAAAGAUGAUUAAAAUAAGAUUAGAGGAUAAGGAUGAAGAUGAAGAUGAAGAUAGGGGAAUGUAGGGAAAUAUAUUUGGGGAUAAGAAGGUUAAGUUUUAUGAAGAAGGAGAGAGAGAGAAAGAAAAAAACAAGAAGACAAAUAUAUCCCUGAAGAAGAUGAGGAUGAUAAAAGGGAAGAAGAUGAAAAAAGAUGAUGAGGAAAAGGGAAAGAUUAUGAUGACAAAGUAAAGGAAAGAUGGAAAAGCUUUGAGUUUAUCAUUGAAAUUAGAACAUGAAAUUGAUUGUCUACAAGUUAUGAUUCUUAUUAAAGUGCUAUGGUCUUUAGAUCAUUGCAACAAUCGGAACAAGACACUGAAUCUCAUUUUCAGCUUACAAGUUCAUCUGCCAAUGAGUUUACCCGUUUAUCGGUUUCAACGUCACGAAAAUAUCAACACCAACAAGCAUCUGAACAAGAGCUACAACAGCAACAACAACAAUCCCAUGAUUAUCAUCAUCACCAUCAAUCACAACAAUCAACAACCCAAAAUCAACCUCAACAACAACAAUCAUCAUCAUCAUCUUCUCAGCACAAUAAACAACAAAAAUCUAACCUUGGAUCAUCAUCCGAAUCAAAUGUCCCCUCACUUGAUAAUUCAUCUAAAUGUGACAUAUCUCUUGCGUUGCCUUUUCGUUUUGAACCUUUGGACCACGAUCAUCACCUUUGUGAAAGGGUUGUCAUCAAUGUGAGCGGCCUUCGUUUCGAAACACAAUUAAGGACUCUCCACUCUUUUCCAGAUACUCUGCUAGGUGAUCCCAACCGCCGAAUGAGGUUCUAUGAUCCAAAUCGAAAUGAGUAUUUCUUUGAUCGAAGUCGAACUUGUUUUGAUGCCAUUUUGUACUUUUACCAAAGCGGUGGUCGGCUUCGACGACCAGCGAAUGUGCCAUUAGACGUUUUCGUGGAAGAGGUUCGUUUCUUUGAGCUUGGUGAUGCUGCUUUUAACAAGUUCCGUGAAGAUGAAGGUUAUGUUAAAGAAGAGGAAAAACCUUUACCAAUCAAUGAACUUCAGCGUAAAGUUUGGCUUCUCUUUGAGUACCCUGAAAGCUCACAAGCAGCCAGGGUGGUUGCGAUAACCUCAGUUGCCGUUAUAUUACUUUCCAUUGUGAUCUUUUGCUUAGAAACCCUUCCCGAGUUUAAACAUUAUAAAAUAUUUCGAACUGCAAACAACAUGACCCGAGUAAUUGAAGAUGAAGUUCCCUCGGUAAAUGAACCUUUUUUCAUCAUUGAAACUCUCUGUAUAAUUUGGUUCUCAGUUGAAUUAUCGGUUCGAUUUCUGUCCUGUCCGUCGAAAAUUGCUUUCAUUAAAGAUAUAAUGAAUUCAAUUGAUCUGAUGGCGAUUAUCCCAUACUUCAUCACAUUGGCCACCGUUUUUGGCGAUAAAGAGCAAGAUAGCGUUAAAUUUGUCAGCGAAAAGCAAAAUCAGGCCAUGUCACUGGCCAUUCUUAGGGUUAUCCGUUUAGUUCGUGUUUUCCGUAUAUUUAAAUUAUCCCGUCACUCUAAAGGUUUACAAAUUCUUGGUAUGACCUUGCGAGCAUCUCUCCGUGAACUUGGACUAUUAAUGUUUUUCCUUUUCAUUGGAGUUAUCCUUUUCUCUUCAGCGGUCUAUUAUGCCGAAGCGGAUUCCGAAAGGUCAUAUUUUAAGUCAAUACCUGACGCCUUUUGGUGGGCCGUUGUCACCAUGACCACCGUUGGCUAUGGUGACAUGAGACCUAUCGGUGUAAUGGGUAAAGUUGUCGGUUCUCUUUGUGCCAUUGCCGGUGUAUUAACCAUUGCGCUUCCAGUUCCCGUUAUCGUUUCUAAUUUUAACUACUUUUACCAUCGAGAAACUGACCAAGAAGACCUACAGUCCAAUAAUUUGGACCAUGUGGGCAGUUGUCCAUUUCUUCCAGCCAAUCUUGGUGAAACCCGACUACGUUAUACAUCCUAUUCUGAUCUCAAGUUAAACUGUUACACCGGUGAAAAUGGUCAGCAAAUAACUCGACCACCACGCCGACAUCAGGCCAAAUAUGGUUCAAGUGUCGGUGGAAUAGCAACUUUAGCUACAUCAAGUGGAACUGUUCCUAUCAAUACAAAUCAAUCGAGAAAAGGUCAAAUUUCCGUUAUGUCAACACAAUUAUGAUCCAAAUGGAAACUGUGAACAACUGAAAACCCCCCUGAUCAUCAUGUUAAUUCAAUCCACUCUAAGGAAAGGCGGUGGGGUGGGUUCAUUUUCACUUUCAUUUUUUUUACUUGUAAGACUUUUUUCCCUACAGUAAGAAUCGAGUCUUUGAAAUAACCUCUUCCACCUCAUGAUUGGUAUUCAUAUGUUACAUAUGAAUCUCACACUGAGUCUCUCCUCGUAUUAUAUUAUUUGAGUGAGAAUUUGUCCCUCUCUCACUUUCCACCAUCUCCAAGCUUCAUCCUCUUCAUCCUCAUCAUCAUGUUCAUCUUCAUGUUCAUCUUCAUCUUCAUCUUCACCACCAUCCAAAGUGUGCAUAGAGUACAUAGUUAAUUGUAAAAACAAAAGCGAAGCAAAAAAACAGUUCAUCUCUCAUAGACAAACAAAAUAUUCAGUUUCUUGCUCAUGAUAAUUAAUAAAAUGCUGAAUCAGUUGACAAGAAUGAUGAAUAACUGAACUGAAUUAACAUGAAAACCUUUUUUCUUUCUCAUCUAAUCAAAUUAACUAACCAUGAUUCAGAAAUGAAUGAAAAAACGAUAUUCAUUCUCGAUAGAUGGCAACACAAGACCACAGUUUCAAUUCAUGACAUGAAACAAUUAACAAGGGAAAAAGAAACUUGUUAAUCUCGAUUUGUUUGGAUUAACCUUGGAAAUUGAUGGAUUUUUACAAAGUCAAAAUCGAUUGUAACAAUUUGCUAAUCACAAUUAAAUUCACUAAUCACAUACUCAUGGAUAAUAAUAAUCAAGGAUUUUAAUGAGAUAAUUUCUUAUAUAUAUUUAUCGUUUUUCAACAACUCGAAACAAAACUUUUCUCACCAAGUUAUUUGAUCGUAAAUGUCAAUAUAAUAUAAUAAUUAUUACAUAUCAACCUGAUAUUAUUAUUGUCAACUCUUCCUGUCAACAUACUCAAGACACAAAAACUUAAUUGUAAUCGCGUUGAUUGAAAACAAGUUAAUUGUAAUCAUUUGAUCAACAGUCAUGUAUUUUUUGAAACAUGUCAAACCCAAAAUUGUAAAUUGAUUAACUUAAUUGUACAAAUGACAAUGACAACAAUAACAAAUCAACAGCCUAAUGAACAAAAUAUCAUAUCAUUUGAGAUGAGAAAAUAAACAAAAUUAAACAGAAAAGUUUAA